AUGAAUGCCCCCAACCGCUUUGAGCUCUUCGUCCUUGAGGAUGGCGAAAAGCCCGUCGAGGUGACCGAAGACACGAAAAUCCCCAACGCUGCCACCUUCAAGAUCGUCAAGCAGGACCACACGUUGGGCAACAUGAUCCGCGCUCAAGUCCUCUCGAUGCCCCAAGUCCUCUUCGCCGGGUACAAAGUCCCACACCCCUUGCAACCCUACUUCCUGCUCAAAAUCCAGACCGACGGCAGCCUCACGCCGCAAGCGGCCCUCGAGCAGGCGUGUACGAAGCUCAUCAGCACCAUCAGCACCAUCGAGAAGAAGUUCAAGCGCGAGUUCUCGAUCCGCGAGGUCGAGGGCGCCGUCCCUGAGGACCCGUACGGCGCCGGUGCGGGCGCGGGCAUGGGCUGG